UCUUGGAAAAGAUCCGACUCAAAUGAACGAUUCGUUCACGAAACGGACAUCGCUAGUGGUCAUUAGUGGGCGAGUACACACACAGUGUACUCUUUUUAAGUGAAAACAGCGCCUGUGCCCUGUAGAAUGCGUGUAUAUAUUCGUACAUUUAGUCUGUGCAUAGUUAUCUCUCUUCUAUCGGUACUAUUUCUGUUCAGUAAACAUGAUGCAGAAAGUUUUUUAAAGCAAGUUAGGGCGCCGCUGGAACCGACCGUCGCAAAGAAUUUGAGUGGAGUAAAAACAAAACAACGACCCGCUACGACCAGAGCACACAGACUCGGAGAUGUUGCACACAAGGUGAAUUCACCUGGACAGCGAGAGACGUUGAUGCAGCUGGCUGUGGUGGCCUGUGGAGAGAGACACGGGGAAGCUGUCAACAUGCUGAAGUCUGCAGCCAUGCUCAGCAGCCGACACUUGAGAUUUCACAUCUUUGCAGAAGAGCAGCUACACACCAACAUAAGAGCAGCGCUGGAUUCCUGGCCAGCUUUCAUCCGAGUGAAAUUCAGCUAUGUUGUUCACCCCAUUUCAUUUCCCCAUGAGAACCGUGAAGAGUGGAGUCAGCUUUUCAAGCCAUGUGCAUCACAGAGACUCUUCUUACCGAUGAUUCUGAGGGAGGUGGACUCCUUACUCUAUGUGGACACAGAUGUCCUCUUCCUGCAGCCUGUAGAGCUGAUUUGGGACAUGUUGGUGCACUUUAACUCCACUCAGUUGGUAGCCAUGGCACCAGAGCACGAGGAGCCGCGGAUUGCCUGGUACAGUCGCUUCUCCCGGCAUCCGUAUUAUGGAAAAACUGGAAUCAACUCUGGUGUCAUGCUGAUGAAUUUGACCCGGAUGCGAAUGACACAUUUCAAGAAUGACAUGACCUCUGUUGGUCUGCGCUGGGACGAGAUUCUCAUGCCUUUAUUACAGAAAUACAAGCUAAACAUUACCUGGGGUGAUCAAGACCUGAUUAAUAUCAUCUUUCAUUACAAUCCAGAGAUGGUAUUUACCUUCCCCUGCCACUGGAACUACCGUCCUGACCACUGUAUCUACGGCAGCAACUGCAUCCCCGCUGAAGAAGAGGGUGUUGUCAUGUUGCACGGCAACAGAGGAGUGUUUCACAGCGACAAACAGCCUGCCUUCAAGGCUGUGUAUGAUGCUUUCAAACACUACACAUUUGGAGAGGAUCUUGUAAAAUCAUUCUUGUUACCGCUAGAAGUGGCGCUGAACGGAACCAUACACACAUACUGUGGGAAAGUUAGUAAUUUCUUUACCAGAGGACUUGGAAAGUCUGUAAAGAGGAUCCAGAGGAGGACUCCACCUGGUGGCUGAGAUGUGAUACUGUCACUGUGACUGAAUAACGACAGAAAUGCAUUCUGGGAGACUGGAUAAGAACUUAUCUGUGCAAUGUUAGUGGUGAACAUUCAGUUUCAAAUCUCGAAACUGAUGUAGGACGUGUUGAAUGAUGAAAUGUGCAUUUAAACUCAUACUUCUCCAAUUGCCAUUUUCAUUUCACUUUUUUUAUCCUGGUUAAAGUAAUAGUCAACAAAAAAAAUGAAAUGGUCAUAAUUUAUUCACCUAAAUGUCAUUCCAAACUUCCUUUCCAGGAACAAAUAAGGUGAAUUGAUGUUCCUCACACUGUAUGACAUCUGAAGACUUUACAGACAAAAACUUGAACACACAUGCUUUUAAAUGUACUGUUCCUUUAAAGAUGCAGUGUGUAAAUUUUAACGGCAUCUAGCGCUGAGGUUGCAAGGUGCAAUAUAGAGACGCUACGGUGGCCAGCACAGAACAAAGAUGUCGUCGUCUGAGACAGCAGAGAGUAAACAGUCAAGCAAACGUGCUAUGUUGAGCAGUUUGUCCGUUUAGGGCUACUGUAGAAACAUACCGGCGCAAAAUGGCGACUUAACGUAAGGGGAUCUGUGGUGUAUGUAGAUAGAAAUGACUCAUUCUACAGGUAAUAAAAACAUACCGGUUCAUUAUGUAAGGUCUUUAUUCACCACUGAAAUCAUAUUUAUGUGUAUUAUAUUGCAUUUCUGUCAAUAGAUCCUUCAAAAAUGUACACAUUGCACCUUUAAGGGUGUUACUGAAUGUACUGCAAGAUGGAAAAUACUUGAAAAUGUAAAUAUUCAUUUUACAUAAUGUUCAUAUGAAAUAAAAUGUAUAUAUCAUUAAUCAGA